AUGCUGCGGCAGGUAGUGGAGAAGAAGGUGGCAGUGUUGGAGCGAGCACUGCAGCACGUGGGAGACAGUGAGGCAGUUGUGCUGACGUAUCUUCACACAUGCAGUGGCCGAGAUGACCCCGCCACACUGGACGCCAAGUGGCGCAGCGCCAUUGGCCACAGCCCUGGCAGAGCGAAUCUCUGGAGGGGCUACAUCCGGUGGCAGAGGGGGCAGUUCGCAUCAUUCACAGUGGGGAAGAUCAGGGAAAGUUUUAUUGCAGCGAUACGUGCUCUGGUGGGACGGCGGAACCAGGUGUGGCGCGAGCUCCAACAGAAGCCUAACGAUCCAAUCAGAACCCGCCAGCUGGCGGCGUCAGAAAUCGCAGCAGUGGACAUGCUGCUGGACUCGUGCCGCUUCGAGCACCAAUCAGGGCACGCUGAGCUGGCAGUCGCACUGCUGCAGGCCGAGACAGAAUACGCCGUUCGGCCGCCGCCCCUGCCCUUGUCCUUUUCUGAGGCGGGAAAGGACGGAGCAGUGGGUGGUGGUGCUGCUGCCGGUGCUGCUGACGUGGCAGGCGAGGAUUGGAUGAAGGACCCGGGCGUGUGGCAGCGGUGGGCGGCAGAGGAGAGGAGGAGGGAGAGCAGGCAGUGGCAGCCAAUGAGAGGAGGAGGAGUAGUCAGAGAGGGUGGUGGGGUGGAGUAUGAGGAUGUGAGGAGCAGACUCUUCACACUUUCAUCCAACCAUGCUGUUCCUCUUCCUUUUUCCCACAAGCCAACGGCAGGGAAAGGGAAGAGGCAGGAAGAGCAAGCAGCAGAGGAGGAGGAGGAGGAGGAGGAGGACGAGGAGGAGGAGCUGGAGAGGGGUGGUGGAGUAUGA